CUGGGACGCUGGACCCGACACCCUGCCACCCUGCCUGUUCCGCAGCCGCAAUGCUAGCCCAUGCGUGUUCUCGAAGAUCAGCAGCCUUGGCUUACCAUGCAAGAUCUACGCGGCAAGCGUUACUGCAUCCACGCAGCGGCAGCAGGAGCUCCUGACCCUGCGACCGCAGCAGGAGAAAACAGGCGCCACGAGACUCGAUUUCGGAGGCGACUUCUAGGAAGCAGCAUCUCCUCUGAGCCCGGGCCACAGCACCAGCGCUUUUCGGCCUUGAAAUCGACAGCGGUGCCGUUGCGCGGAGAAUCGCAGCGUCCCCACCGGGAGCAGGGGCGACGACGAUUGCCCGAUAACCGUUGCGACAGGGGCGGGCCAGCGGUCGCAGGUGCCGCUGCUGCGAACAUCCACCCACGCUUCAAUGGCUCCCUCCUUGGAUAUGGAACUAGCAGUCGACACAUGGCAUCAAGCACAGGCACCGGCGGUGCCGACGCCCACGACAGAUCUGGUGGGAACGGCGAACGAAAGCGGCUGCACCCGGCAGCGGGGGCGGCGGAUCAGGGACAGCCGUCGCUGGGGGGGCGAGGGGCGUGUCGGGCGACGGCCCCGUCGAUCGCGCCGGCGGUCAAGGGGACGGAGGGAGCGGAGGAGGCUUCCGAGCGGGAUAACGCCAAGCGCAUCUUGAUGACCCUGGCGACACACCUGUGGCCGAGCAAGGAGCUCCAGGCGGACCACGUGAGCAUCAAGGCGCGGGUAGUGGGAUCACUGGCGUUGCUGCUGGGCGCCAAGCUCGUCACCAUUCAGGUACCCUUCAUCUUCAAAGACUUGGUGGACACCCUGGGCGAGACGUCUCGGGCGGCGGCCGCGACGGCGGCGGCGACAGGCGACGCUGUGGUCGCUGGCGGGGUGUCCCCCGAAGCAGCCGUCGCGGUCCCUAUGUCGAUGGUCCUGGGGUACGGGAUCGCUCGCAGCACCGCUUCGGGCGCGCAGGAGUUGAGGAACGUCGUGUUCGCGGUGGUUGCCCAGCGAGCGAUCCGACGAGUGGGUCGAGACGUUUUCGAGCACCUGCACGACCUGGGCUUGCAGUACCACCUCGAGAAGAACACUGGCACCGUUAGCAGGAUCAUUGACCGCGGUGGCUUGGUUUCGGGCAUCCUAGCGAGCCAGGCCUCCUGGAAGUACUCGGCCGUCUGCUGCUCUACCAUCGUGACGUACUCCGCCUACACCUUCGGCAUCACGCAGUGGAGGACCAAGUUCCGGAAGCAGAUGAUAGCCCAGGAGAACGAGGCUAGCGCAAAGGUAACCGACUCCCUAGUGAAUUAUGAAACCGUCAAGUACUUCAACAACGAGGCCCACGAGGCGUCCCGCUACGACGAGUCCCUUAAGGGUUUCCAGGAGGCAUCCGUCAAGACGCAGACCUCGCUCAGCAUGCUCAACGUGGGCCAGCACGUGAUCUUCAGCACCGGUCUCACGGCCAUCAUGGCCCUGGCCGCCUCCGACAUAGGUGAAACAAGAGGGAGAAAGGCUGGGAGGGGGGGGGGAUAG